UUCCGUUCUCUUCCACCUCUUCCACAUUCCAACCAUUUAUUAAAGUUAAACAGUUGUGUCAGAGAUGUUUUUAUCAAUAAUUAAUUAAUUUCUCAUUCACGGAUAUUAUAAACUCAUCAUCUUCUUUCACCCUUCUCUAUAUAAUCUCUAGAAAGUGUUGUGUUUAAAAAUACGAUUCUUCUUUUACUUUCAUUCUCUUCUUCUCUCAAGUCUCAAUGAUGUCUUCUAUCUCUUCGACAAUGAGUUUUGUGAAUGAGCAAAUUUGCUAUAUCCCUUGUAACUUCUGCAACAUCAUUCUUGCGGUGAGUGUUCCAUGCAGUAGUUUGUUCGAAACAGUGACCGUCAGAUGUGGGCAUUGCGCAAAUCUGUGGUCUGUAAACAUGGGAGCUGUUUUGCAGUCACUGUCGCUACAAGAUCUGCAGACACCUAACAAUGGUGAUCAUUUUCAGAGGAUUGAUUUGCCAUCCUCUUCAAAACAUAACCAGGAUAUUCAAGUAAUGCAAGUAACUACUGCUGCUAAAACUGAAAAACGGAUUGUUAAUCAGCCUCCUGAGAAGAAACACAGGGUUCCAUCAGCAUAUAAUCAGUUCAUAAAGGAGGAAAUACAAAGGAUUAAGGCCAACAAUCCAGAUAUCAAUCACAGAAAAGUAUUCAGUACUGCAGCCAAAAACUGGGCACAUUUUCCCCAUGCUCAUUACGGGUUGAAGUUGGAGACCAAGAAUAAUCAAGCUAAGCUCCGUGAAGAGGGAUCUGAUCUUCUAAUGAAAAGGGCCAGAUUACCAAAUGAAUGGUGAUCAGAGCCAGAUUGCCAAGGGAUCAUCUGAUCAGCGUACUUGAGAUGAAAGUAUUCCAGCAAUUUCAAAGUAUUAAUGGUUUUCGUCACGAGUAGUUAUUAGUCUAAUUAGCUCCUCAUUUUUAUAUAAUAGUAAAUGUGACUGGAUCUAAUUAUUGAAAAAUAUUAAGACGAUAGGUACUCUUUCUUCCUCUUAAUUGAUCUUCACCAUAUCCCACUGAACCUGGGCAGCAUUCUUGAUUUAUAUAACCAAAAACAUUACUGUUAGUAA